GGGGGCCUUCUCCGAGGUGGUCCUGGCAGAGGAGAAGGUGACACGGAAGCUGGUGGCCAUCAAGUGCAUCGCCAAGAAGGCGCUGGAGGGGAAGGAGACCAGCAUCGAGAACGAGAUUGCCGUCCUCCACAAGAUCAAACACCCCAACAUCGUGGCCUUGGAUGACAUCUAUGAGAGUGGCACCCACCUCUACCUCAUCAUGCAGCUGGUCUCCGGUGGGGAGCUCUUCGACCGCAUCGUGGAGAAGGGUUUCUACACCGAGCGGGACGCCAGUGCCCUGAUCCGGCAGAUCCUCGACGCCGUCAAGUACCUGCAUGACAUGGGCAUUGUCCACCGCGACCUAAAGGUCACCGGGGGGACAGGACACACACACACACAGAGCCCCCUGUCGCGGUGGCAGGGGGGGGGCACUGCCUGCUCACCCCUGCUGUCCCCUCCAGCCCCUGAGGUGCUGGCACAGAAGCCCUACAGCAAGGCGGUGGAUUGCUGGUCCAUUGGGGUCAUCGCCUACAUCCUCCUCUGCGGUUACCCGCCUUUCUAUGACGAGAACGAUGCCAAGCUCUUCGAACAGAUCCUGCGGGCCGAGUAUGAGUUUGACUCACCCUACUGGGACGACAUCUCGGACUCGG